AUGUCUCUAGAUGCUACUGAUCAGGGUGGUUUGGUUUUUACUCAAGCAAUGAGCUCUGAGAGCGUUAAAGAGGACUGUCUUGCAUGGGCGGCGAGAGACCCAUCUGGAGUUUUAUCGCCUUACCAGUUUAGUCGCAGCCUUGGCAAGCUUGGAGUGGCCCUUCUAUGUCGCAUUAAUGCCCAACGUCAACAAGAUUGGCUUAUUCCAAAUCACUUAGACUUCAUAACCGACACAGCAUCAGGCGAACACCCAUUUGAUCCAUACGUGUCUCUUUUGAAGACUGCUGGUGUUUUUGUUCUUGUUGGAUUCCCAAGUGAAGUGAAAUUCAGUCCUUCAAGUCUUCUAAUUGGUAAUUUACUCCAGACUUUUUUUACUUAA